ACAUUGGGUGCAGCUUGUGGCGGCACAGAAUGACAGGGCUAGCUGUCGGUGGUGUGAGGUGCCAGAGCAGCAGCGGUAAACAGCCCGAUCCCCCACACUUGCAGUCAGGCGCUGGACAGAGGCCAGCAGGGUCACGGAUCCCCUUCUACCUCUCUCUCCUUUUACCCUCUCUGCCUACGAACAGAAGAACCAACUGAGGCGAAAAGGAAUAACAACCAGAGAACAGCAUCAGACUCACUCAGCUGACAUCGGUUUCCGGAUACGUUUUUGACUCCAAUUAGAUUUCAUUUUUUUUUUACUUCUCCCUUUACAGCAUUUUUGUGCUUUUAAAUCAGCUUUAUUUGAGCCUAUUAUAGGGGUUUUCAUACCAUGCAUGUUUUGGACAGUCAGUAUGCUUGAUUCAAAAAUGAAAAGCUCCUUAAGUGGGAGCAGAUUUUUGGACAGUGGCUCUUUAGAAGAGCAGGAGCCUCCACCUCCCCUCCAGAGUUACCUUUGUCUGACCAUGUUGGUGUGCUUCUGUCCGGCAUAUCCCGUCAACAUAGUGGGCCUGGUCUUCUCCGUCAUGUCUAGAAACAGUUAUUAUCGUGGUGACUAUGACGGUUCCAGGAGACUGGGCAGGAACGCCUUGUACGUCUCCGUUGCUUCAGUCGUCAUCGGCCUUCUCGUCAUCGCCAUCACCUGCAUUGUUCAGUUCUCCACAGUGGAUCAUUAGCACCGUGAGGAAGGGAGAAUAAAGAACAGAAACCUCUGGAUGAUUUUAUCUGGACUGGAAUAUACUACUUAUUCACCCUCGUUGACAGGAUAUGACUCAUUCUCACUGCUUUCUACAACUCAGUUUUUGAACCUUUCCUCUUUUCAUAUGGACAAUCAAUAAAAAAUGUAGUCUAUUUCUACAAUAGAGAA